GAGCUGUUGGGCAAACAGCGGAUGGGGUUUGUCCUCCUGCCUUAUAGAACUCAGAUCUCAAAGAAAUUUUGAUUCCUUUUCACUGUUGGAACUGUGUCAGUACGCUGUUCCAGGUUCGGUUCUGCCACACAUCCAGCAUGGCUUCAAAGAAGACUUCAAAGUCAAGCACAAAAGGCAAAGAUGCAGGUAAAGGCCCGUUAUCCAGUAAGAACGGGAAGAAGCCGGACUCUGGCUCCAGCAGCAGCAGCAGUUUCUUCACCUGGUUCAUCGUGCUGGCCCUGCUCGGUGUCUGGACUUCUGUGGCUGUGGUCUACUUUGACUUGGUCGACUAUCAAGGAGUUCUAGACAAGGCUAAGGGCAUACAGAUUAACCUGUCUGAAACCUUGCAAGAACAGCAUGCAGUCCUGACCUGCACCCCAACCACACCCCUAGCUAGAGCAUCUAGUGAAUUACAAGGUAAACUGGCGGCGUACGACACUGAUGGAGAUGGUGACUUUGAUGUGGAGGACGCUAAGGUGCUUCUAGGACUGAAAGAAAAGGCUGCUGACGCUUUCACCCGUAGUGAGGAUUCUGCUCCUGCUGUGGAUGCUGAGGAACCUGAACCAACACCAGAAGCCAUUGUUGAACCGGACCCUGAGCCUGUGGAAGAUCUGACUGAGGAUGAGAUUGAAGCUGCUGUGGCAGAGGAGACUGCAGCGCCAUCACUAGAAGCUGAGCCUGAAGUACCUGCUGAGCCUAAGAUGGUGGAACCAGAACCAGAACCCGAGGAGAUUCCUGAGGUGAUAGAGGAGGAUCCAGAGGUGCUUGAGGAGGAGCUUCCUGUGGAGGAGGAGCCAGCUGAGGAGGAAACUGAGGAGGCCAGGGAUGCAGAACAAACCGAGAACUCUGAUCAGCCCAUAGAGGAGGAGAAACUUCCUGCUGGAGUUCUGGAGGAGCCAGUUCAACAGCAGGAGGAGGAGGAUGCUCCCGCUGAGGAAGCGGCAGAGGAGACCUUCGCAGAAGAAGCUGUGGAGGACUUAGCUACCACAGAAGAAGAGGAAGAACCUGUGGAGGAAAUGGGAGGAGCUCCUUCAGAGGAGCCUGCUGGGGAGGGGCCUGCAGAAGAAGCUGGACACUCAGAGGAUGUAGCUGAGGAGGAGACAGAGCCCCCAGAGGAAGCUGCUGUAGAAAAACAAGAAGCAGCUGUGGAGGAGAAAGAAGCUUUCUCAGAAGAACCAACCAUAGAAGAAGAAGCUGAUGAGCAGGAGGAGACUGCAGAGGAGGAGGAGCCUGCAGAGGAGGAGGAGCCUGCAGAGGAAGAGGAGCCUGCAGAGGAGGAGGAGCCUGCAGAGGAAGAGGAGCCUGCAGAGGAAGAGGAGGAAGAGCCUGAAGAGGAGGAGAGGCCUAUAGAGGAGGAGGGGCCAAUCGAGGAGGAGGAGCCUGUAGAGGAUGGGAGGGAGGUUGAAGAUGCCACAGAUGCAGCUGCUCUGGAGGAAACUCCUGAAGAAUUAGAGGAGGAUCAAUCAGUUCCAGAUAAAGAAGAGGUAGAGGAGGAAGCAGAGGAAGCAGCAGCAGCAGCAGACUUUGCUGAUACAGAGGAACAGCAUAAGGAUGAGCCCACAGUAGAAACGUAGAGGCAGCAGCGCUCACUGUGCUGAUGGAGCCGCUGAUGGAUCAGCGCAAUCUGAGCUCGCUCAGAGUCAUGCAUUUCUCCACAUACAGAGAAGUCUCCGUGACAACCCCACCCCCAUCUUCACUUCCUCUUUUUAAAAUGUUCCUUUAGUAAAAAUGUGAGACUUUGGAUAAAUUGUUUACUAAAACGGUAUUGCUGUUUGUUUUCCCCAUCCUGUAUUUUCAUCAUUCCUUUUUGCAUCCUUUUUGUUUGUUGUUUUUUUUUUUUGUUUUUGUUUUUUAAUUUAGCAACAUAAGUUGCUCAGAGUUUGGGGAAUGUUUGGGAUAUGUGUGCGUCUACCUGCAAUAUCAAACUAUUUCUUUCAUUUUUGAGUCUUUCUGUAUAAUAAUUUUGUUUUAGAGCCAGAUUCUGCUGCAGUUUCAUUAACGUUAGUGAUGAAGUCAAACUUUAAUCUGAAACGUUGGUCUGAAUGCAGCCAGAGCACAUUUCCUGUCUCCUGACUAGAACCUCAUUCUCUGUUCAUGCAGUCGGUCCAGUCGGCUCUGCUCCUUCUUUCAUGUAAAUGUUGAGGUCAGCUCUGGCCACUUCUGAUUCUAUGCAAAGGUGAGGCGGCAUUCACCUCACCACCACCACCCCCACACCUUCCUCUGCCCACUCCAGGCCAGAUGAAUGACCACUCCUGGAUGAGCCAUGUGCUAGGACCUGCACUCUGACAGAAAACUGUGUGUGCGUGUCUGUGUGUGUGUGAGAUUGAGUUGUCUGUUGAGCAUUUAUCUAAUCACUUCUUUCUGAGCCCAUGUAAUCAGGAUGUCUAUGUUUGAGACUUUACCUCUUGUUCCUCCUCUCAGUGUGACUGACUGACUAUUUGCUCUGUAAGUUCUGUUUCCCUGGUAUCAUCACCUGACCAGAAAACAAGUUGUCAGAAGUUUUAAAGUGAAGUUUCAGGUCCUGAAGUGUGAGCUCAGGCCAGCUGUGGAUUCAGGCUGCACUGAAGCAUUUUCACUCCAUGACAUGCAAUCGUUCUUCUUGUUGACUUACUUCUGACUCAUGGGGCGUCAAACAGAUCAGCCAUUAUGUUUUUGAGGAAACUUCAGCCAGGGGUGUCCCGAUACAACUUUAUCGGUUUUGGCAGAUACUGAUGUUAACCAGAUGCAAUGUCAGCACAAAUUAAACACACUUUUAUUACUUAUUUUGUAGUGUGCAAUGUUUGAAAAGGCUUGAUCAAGUGAUUUUACUCCAAUAGCCAGCAACAGAUAUGAGAACAACUGACCCGUUUAUCGUUAAAUGUGUCUGCCUGUGGAUGGCGAUCUGGGCAGGCUAAAUGCUCAGAGUGCUAAAUAUCAGUGUGCUUCUAUCAGCAGGCCCAUAUAAUCAGUUUCUGAUACCGGAUCGGGACACCCUUAGCUUCAACUAGCUGUGAGUCGAACUGUGUUGUUUAACUUCCCGGUUCCGUCUUAAAGGGAUAACUUUUAUUAUUCCACCAUUUUCUUUUACCUUCGUGACAUUACAAACCUGAUGAAAUAUUUUCCUACACAUCCAACCAUGAUUGAUUUUAAUGUCCGUAUACAGAACUGUAUUCUGAAUACUGCAGAAGCUGGCUUGUAAACUGAGCAUCCAUCACUAAGCUUCUGCUGAAAUCCACUGACACACCACCAAUCAGAGACACCGAUGAAACGGUCAGCGCCGCAUUAGAAAGCAGCAGCUGUGCUUUGGUGUCUCUAACCCCUCACGUUGUGGGGGAUGUGUGCUAGCUGUGGUUUUGUCCUGUAACACUAACCGUUUGGGUUUUUUUUACUUCCUCACCCUUUGUAAGUGGCUGUGAACUGAAAGACAUUUUUAGUGUUGAACAUUACAAACUUUACUAAAAGAGCUUCUAGAUUUUUAAAAUGAACCUUUCUAAAAGUCAAGAGGACAUGAAGAAGCGUUCUGAUCUAAAGCCAUAAGCUGUGUGACCGGCAGGUUGAAGGGACCAGGCCACUUUCAGUGUGUUUUUAAAUAAACAGUAGAGCAAUAAGUUAAAGGCACAGAGCAGCCAGGUCACACCAGAGAAUCCCUGUGAACCAAAUCUUCAUCACUAAUGAGUGGCAUACAUUCCCAGCCUGACCCGCCUCAGAUGCAUGGAAGCAUCAGGCUGACUGGCUGCCUCUGUCGAUGUUCUCUGUUUCAGUCUGCAGACCUGCUGCUCGUCUCUGGACAGUGACUGUGGUGAAUAAAUUAUUGUCAUGCCACCAUGGUUUGUUUUUGAUUUUUAAAGUGGCAUAGUUUUCUGUAAAAACUGUUCUGGAAGCUAAAAUAAAAUGUUUGGGACAACA